AUGGGUGCUGGCCGAAAGACCACGACUUAUCAGUAUGACACGGCAAACCAAAGGGGAGGGGGAGAAUCGUCGCGCCAGCGCGUGCAGUUCCGCCUGUUGCCGCGGGAGCAGCUGGGGGGUUGCGUGUUCGGAUGCACCAAGGAGACAUUUUCGGAAUGUGUCACAAAAGAGCUAUUUGGCCUGCCCUACAACCACAUGGAGUACGUUCAGAACAUCGCUCCCGGCAUGCCUCUCUUUCUCUUCAACUACUCGGACCGCCGCUUACACGGGAUCUUUGAGGCAGUGAGCCACGGAGAUUUGGAGAUCGACCCGCAUGGCUGGACGGGCAAGAAUGGCGGCCAGACCAGAUUCCCCGCCCAGGUGAAGGUUCGUCUGCGCCACAGUGGGUAUAGUGAUGGUGGCGAUACUGGUGGUGAUGAUAGUGGUGGUGGUGAUAGUAACGGUGGUAGUGAUGGGGGUAGUGCUGGUGCUGCUACCAGUGAGAGUGCUGGUUAUGCUGGUAGCUACCCUCCUCCCCCUCAGCAGCAGCAGCAGCAAGAGCAACAACAGCAGCAGCAGCAAGAGCAGCAGCAGCAGGAAUGGUGGGCACAGGCAACAAUGCAAGCACAGAUGCAUCCGUACCACCAACAGGAGCAGUGCCAGCAGCAGCAACAGCAGCAGGAGCAGCAGCAGCAGCAGCAGCAGCAGCAGCAGCAGCAGCAACAACAGAAGCAGCAGCAGGAGCAGGAGCAGCAACAGCAGAAGCAGCAGCAGGGGCAGCAGCAGCAGCAACAAGCUCAGCAGAAGCAGCAGGAGCAAGAGCAGCAGAUGCAACAACAGCAGGAGGCAGCAGCAACAGCAGCAGGAUCAGCCGAUGCCAACGCCAUGGCUGGUUUAGCAGCAACAGUGCAGCAGAGCCUUGCAAUGGUAACCAGUGCCAUGCAGCAGUGGGCUCAGGAGCGGGCUCAGCUGCGAGCGUCACUAGAGCAGACGCAGGCUGAUCUGGUGCAGGUGAAAGCUGCACGAGAGGAGGAUCGGGCGGAGAUUGGGAGGUUGAAGGGAGAGGUGGUGGGGAUGCAGGCGGAUCGUGUGGCGUUGAGACAGCUCCAGGCAGAGUUUGGCCGGCUGCAGGCAAAACAGGAUAACAAGGUCAAGGAGGAGCUCCAGAAGAUCGCAUCUGAAGCGUCCAAGAAACUCCAGAAGAUUACUGAAGACGCUUCGCACGUUUUAGAAGACGCUGCCCAUGCCAUUGAAGACAAGGUUAAGCUUCCAACCCCCGAUGAGCUGCAAGAGCUUCAGGUGCAAACCCAGCAAGCAGCAUCAGAGGUGAAGCAUAAGGCCGAGAUUCUGGCGGAGCAACUUAAAGUCCAAGCUGAGAGGGCAAAGGUGCAGAUUAAGGAGCAGGCGGAGAAAGCGUCGCAUCAGAUAGAAGAAGCGCUGCAUCACGUGGAGGAGAAUAAGGAGCAGAUUGUUGCAGUUGCUAAAGACGCUCCGGAACCCAUCAGGGAGAUUGUGGAGACAGCCGUGUCAUCACAUUCUAAGGACGCUAUCAGGAGAGGAGCUGUGAUUCAUGACUUCUGUCUGGGAAUCCCAUAUGGUGCCCUGCUGGUGGUCGGAGGGGUGACCUGGUUCACUCUGGCAGGGAGCGUCAACGCCCUUCGAUUUGGCAUGAUCAUUGGGGGUAUUAUUCUCGCGUGUAGCAUCUCCAGCCUCCAUGCCUGGCAGAAUCACCGUCCGUCCGCACUGUACAUUGCUAUUCAAGGAGUGCUGUCAAGCUUUGUGUUCAUCAAUGAAGCAACUCGCUUCGCUGUGACCAAGGCACUCUUCCCAACUGGCUUGGCUGCACUUGCAAGCUUGUUCAUGGUGGCCUUCUAUACAUACAUUUUCAUGUCUGGAGGAAACCGUCCGAAGGCACAAACAUCUAGCCUUGCAUAG